ACGGAUGACCUCUCACGCGCUGCCAAUGCUCCUGGCGUUCGCCUGCCUGCUAAGAAUGCCGUCACGCGCCAGCGCCGCCACAUGUGAGCCGGUCCGGAUCCCGCUUUGUGGCUCCAUGCCCUGGAACAUGACCAAGAUGCCCAAUCAUCUGCACCACAGCACCCAGGCCAACGCGGUGCUAGCCAUAGAGCAGUUUGAAGGAUUACUGGGUACAGGCUGCAGUCCGGACCUACUGUUCUUCCUGUGUGCCAUGUACGCUCCCAUCUGCACCAUCGACUUCCAGCACGAGCCCAUCAAGCCCUGCAAGGCGGUGUGUGAGAGGGCCAAGUCAGGCUGCGAGCCCGUCAUGAAGCUCUACAACCACAGCUGGCCUGAGAGCCUGUCCUGCAGUGAGCUGCCCCUCUAUGACCGGGGCGUCUGCAUCUCUCCCGAGGCCAUCGUCAAGGCCGAGGGCCCAGAUCCGUACUAUCAGGACCCAGCCAGGUGUGCCCCAGAAUUAAGUCCAGACUUUCCCAACAACCUCCACUGCAAAGGACCUAAUGAAGAUCGAUGUACCUGUAAGACAGUUCGACUGAGCUUGAAGACUUACCUAAAGAACAACUAUAAUUAUGUGAUCAGGGCCAGGGUGAAGGAGGUGAGGACUCGGGGUCAGGAGCUCACGGCCACCGUGGAGGUGAAGGAGGUGUUUAAGUCCUCGCUGGUGAACAUCCCCAGAGAAACCAACACCCUGUUCUACAUCUCGUCCUGCCCCUGCCCCCCGCUCUCCCCAGGGGUGGAUUACAUCAUCCUGGGCUACGAGAACAAGGAGACGUCCAGACUGCUCCUUAUUGAAGGUUCUGUUGCCCAGAAGUGGAAAGACAGGAUAGGAAGAAAGGUGAAGCGCUGGGACCAGGUGCUCCAGGAGAGGACCUCAGGGAGAGCAGCUCAGCGUGGCGUCCACCACUGAGACCUUGUGUGUGCGCUCACACAACGUAACAUACACAAUACAAUACAAAUAUAACCACAACCAAAGUACUACUCAUAUACCACAGUAGACCCACAUGACAAUACUACACUAUACUGCACUAACAUGACAAUACUACACUACUGCACCAACAAUAAAAUACUACACCUACAUGACAAUACUACACCAUACUGCACCAACAUGAAAAUACUACACCAUACUGCACCAACAUGACAGUACUUCACAAUACUGCACCAACAUGACAAUACUACACCAUACUGCACCAACAUGAUAAUACUACACUAUACUGCACCAACAUUACAAUACUACACUAUACUGCAACAACAUUACAAUACUACACUAUAUGAUACCAACAUUACAAUACUACACUAUGAGGUCCACAGACUAUUUACUUUAAUAAACUUGAAUAACACUUUUAUUAUAUAUAUAUAUUAUAAGUAUUAUUAUUAAUAAUAAAGCAUGACCCUACAAUACUGUACUUCUAUACUACAUGUUACCAUAGCAACAUGACAGUACAAUGCUGCACUACUAUACUACAUGUUACCAUAACAUUGUACUGUACAAUACUGUACUUCUAUACUACAUGUUGUCAUAGCAACAUGACCCUGCAAUACUGCACUACUAUACUACAGGUUACCAUAGCAACAUGACCCUGCAAUACUGCACUACUAUAUUUCAUGUUACCAUAGCAACAUGACCCUGCAAUACUGCACUACUAUAUUUCAUGAUACCAUAGCAACAUGACCGUACAAUACUGCACUACUAUACUACAUGUUACCAUAGCAACAUGAACGUACAAUACUGCACUACUAUACUACAUGUUACCAUAGCAACAUGACCGUAAAAUAGUGCACUACUAUAUGUUACCAUAGUAACAUGACCGUACAAUACUGCACUACUAUACUACAUGUUAUCAUAGCAACAUGGCCGUACAAUACUGCCUCACAAAUGAAUCAGAUUUGCCCCAACAAUCAAUACGAUACAAUGACUAUUACAACUAUUUAUUCCGUCUAUUUUAGGUAUAAAGAGGUUAUAUUCACUAAAUGGGCUACAUUUAUAAAGUGAAUAAAUAUUUAACCUAUCAUUCAAAAGAA